CAGGCAUCGGCCCCCAGGCGGAGCGGCGGGCGCCGGACCCCCAGGCGGAGCGACAGGCAUCGGGCCCCCAGGCGGAGCGGCGGGCGCCGGACCCCCAGGCGGAGCGACAGGCAUCGGGCCCCCAGGUGGAGUGGCGGGCGCCGGACCCCCAGGCGGAGCGACAGGUCUCGGGCCCCCAGGCGGAGCAGCGGGCGCCGGACCCCCAGGCGGAGCGACAGGUCUCGGGCCCCCAGGUGGAGCGACAGGUCUCGGGCCCCCAGGCGGAGCGACAGGUCUCGGGCCCCCAGGCGGAGCGGCGGGCGCCGGACCCCCAGGCGGAGCGACAGGCGGAGCGACAGGUACCGAGUCACCAGGCACAACAGUGGGCUCCGAGUCAACUCAGCAGUCAGCAGAGGUCCGGAUCAAGCAGGGUCAGCAACGAAUCAGACAGAGACAGGAACAGGAACAGGGAUGCAG